UCUGGUGCGCCAAUUGAAGUACAUGAAAAAAAUAUACGGUUCGGCAUAUGAUUUCAGUCCCAUAGGAUAUAAUCUACCUUCAGAAUAUACAAGAUUAGCAUCUAAAUGUAGUCUUUUAGAAACAGAUGAAAGAAUUUGGAUCUACAAACCCGUGGGCCAAAGUCAAGGCAAAGGAAUUUUCCUGUUUAGGAAAUUAAGUGAUUUGAGUUAUGACAGUGUGGCAGUAGUACAAAGAUAUAUAGAAAAUCCUCUUUUAAUCGGCGGUUAUAAAUUUGAUCUUCGAUUAUACGUUUGUGUACCAUCUUAUUAUCCACUGACGAUUUAUCUUUACAAAGAAGGAAUUGCACGCUUUGCCACCGAAAAAUUUUCUCUUGGAAACUUAAGCGAUCCAUUACGACAUUUGACUAAUUUUUCACUGAACAAGUGGGGACCAGGAUAUUCCGAGAAAAAGGAACGAGUUGGUGCUGGUUGCAAAUGGAGUUUGAGACAGCUAAGACGAUACUUAGAACAAUCAGGUUACCGUGAUUGGUUUCUUUGGCAGCAAGUUACCUGUGUAAUAAUUUUAACCAUUUUAAGUCAAUCAGCAAGCAUUCCAAAGUCUUCAAAUUGUUUCGAAUUUUUCGGAUUUGAUAUCCUAAUUGAUGAUAAUCUCAAGCCUUGGCUUUUAGAGGUUAAUGUGAGUCCGGCUCUCAGUAACGAUUGUGAAGUGGAUUUAGAUGUAAAGAAACCUCUUCUUCAUGAUUUAUUCGAUCUACUGGGACUUCCCGUUCGUAAUACUGGUUUGUCUCUUUUUACAAUGUGGACAUCUGCAAAAAACAUGGAGGAUAAUGAUGAUUCAACAGGAUUUGUUCAUGGCCGUUACUCAAAAGGAGAAAAUAGUUUGGGUAGCGAAACUCUAGCUCUUGUUGACGUUUGUUCAAACACUCGACAUUUGGUAAGACAAGGUUCAGAAGGUUUUUCCGACCAUUGGCACCAAUAUAAUACUUUACUCAAUGAGAAAAUUCUACGCCAUGGUUUUAAAGGUUCAGUUAAUGACGAAUAUUCGGCGAAUUUUGUAUGGGAUAAUGGAAAAGAUUGGAGAAUUCCAAAUAAGAAGGAAGGAGGUUGGAUUCGAAUUCAUCCAGUCACAACUAUGGAAUCUACAAACUCUGAUGUGUUAAGAAAUUCCUUUAUGGAGCCUCCUCCUCGUGUGCUUGAUAAGCAAAUCAAAAUCACUGUCAGUUAUAUACAAAAAUAUUUAAAAGUUGCGAAAGAAAUACAAAGUCAAUAUGGAAAACAAGGAGAUGAUAUUUGCAACGAAAUGUUACAAAGAGCUUUAAACAUAAAUGAAGAAAUUUGGUUGCCAGAAAAAUGA